UGAAUUACUUUCAAGAAUGUCAUGUUUUUCGUCAGGCCUUGCAAAUAACAAACAAAAUUGUGCUGUAAAUUUUGUGAUGAUGAUUUUUUCGUGAAAAGUCCGGCGAAUCCGUAAUUUGGCGCCAUGGCCAGGACGAGCAACGUGCGCGUCAAGCUGUGCGAUCAAAUCCUGCUGCAUAAGUUGCACCUGCUCAACAAUGCCGUGUCCCGGACGGGCGUCACGGAGCGCGAGAUGGAGGAAGCGUUCAAGCUGUCCAUCGGCUAUCGUCCCAGCCGGUUGUCGUGGGCCAUGUCCUGGAACGACGGAACGCUAUCGAUUCUGUACAGUGUCAUCUUCCUGAUUGCUCUGUUCGUGUUGACCCCGUUCCUGGCGUCGUUCUUCGAGGUCAUCCUCGGAACUCGGUGCAUCGUUCCGAACAACUAUCUAGUCUGGGAAGCGACACGGCCGCUGUCCGAUUGUGACUUUUGUCGAGGCGUCCAAAGUCCAAUUAUACUGUCCAACUGCUCGCGCGAGGAAUUCAAACCGUACGCGUACUCUUCACGGCCCAUAAUCAUCAAAAACGCCGUGUCCCACUGGCCAGCGGCACAGUUUCUCAACUUUACCUACCUGAAGGACCUCUACCAGAAGCAUCCGGCCGCGUUGGACAGCUUUCACGAGGACUGUCAAUUUCUACACUUCAAGUCCAACUUCCAAACGCUGCGGGACGUAUUCCGUAUGUCGGAAGACUUCCGCACCGGCCACAAACCGUGGUACGUGGGCUGGAGCAACUGCAACCCGGUCAUCCUGGCCGAGCUCCGCAAACUCUACCCGAAGCCGCACUUUCUUCCCGAGGACGCCGAAAUGCCCAACACGGACUUUGUGUUCCUUGGGUACGAACAGGGCGCCCUCAUGCACAUCGACUACAUCCCGCGGCUCAUGUGGCAGGCCCAGCUGCGCGGCAACAAAACGUGGAUCCUGGCACCGACCCCGGAGUGCGACAACGAGUGCAAGAGCUUCAGCUUUUACGUGGAACCGGGGGACGCGUUGCUCGUGGAUACGCGCCUCUGGUACCACGGAACGUUCAUCUCGAAGGGGGAGUUUUCGUUGACCAUUCAGUCCGAGUACGGUUAGUUAGAGGAGGAGUGGGGAUGACGAUGGACUGUAACAGCAGUGGUACCGAAAUGGUGGAAAUUUUAGUCAUUUAUUGUGUGUGCAUUUUAUAAUUUCUAUGAUUUUGGUUGUAUUUUGUAUAUAAAUGUUUAUUUUUGUUUUUGUAUUAAGCGUGCCAUUCGUGUUUAGUUUGUAUGACACUAAAGAUAUUAAAAGAGCAAUAAAAAUGUUAAAAGAUUCAUAAUUUGAUGAUCCGA